GGUGGGGUCAGGAACUAGCUUUGAGGCACAUUCCACUGUGAACUUGUCGAGUGCAUCUCGGAAGCUUUCCCAGGUUCACCUAUCCCUUGCCGGUGUCCAGCUUCGUCCCGUACUCCGGAGAUGGAGCACAGCAUGUCAUUCUCCUCACUCUGGCAACAAUUCUUUCCACCUGCGCCUUCGUUCACCGAGAAAGAUGUGACUCCAGGCAGCGGGGCUGGAAAGGUCUUCAUUGUCACUGGUGCCAACGCAGGCAUCGGUCUUGCACUGGUGAAGAUCUUAUAUCCCACCGGUGCUACGAUCUAUCUUGCUGGACGCUCAGUGGAUAAGACACAGAAAGCCAUUGCAGAGAUAACCUCAUUGUCAUCGCCGGCAACUCCAGCAAAGCUCAAGAUUUUACAAUUAGACCUUGCGGAUCUUGCGUCAGUGAAGGCAGCCGCAGCAUCAGUUGCUUCCCAAGAGACGCGGCUAGAUAUUCUAUGGAAUAAUGCAAGCACCAAUCUGCCCGGUUCCAACUGUGUCGCUCCUCUUCUCUUCACAGAGGAACUUCUCCCGCUUCUUCAGGCGGCCGCAAAGUCUGCGCCGAAGGACAGAGUGCGUGUCAUCUGGACUGGGUCAUUGCAUAUUGACAUGACAGCACCGAAGGUUGGUGUCGACUUCACUCGCAUCGAAGAUGCUGCCAACCUGACCGUAACACGGGACGACUAUGCGGCCUCCAAGGCCGGAAAUUACUUUCUGGCUACUGAAGCGGCGAGAAGAUGGGGUGCUAGUGGUGUGAUCAGCGUUUGUCAAAACCCCGGAAACCUGUACACCGGGAUGUACGACAAUGAACCCGCGUUGCUUAUGUUCUUUCUGAAACGGUUUGUUCUCUACGAAACAAAAUACGGCGCGUAUACUAUGUUAUUUGCAGGUUUGUCAUCUGAAGUCAAUGAAAGCUCUAACGGUGCUUACAUCUGGCCCUGGGGAAGAAUCCGGCCGCUACCACGGGCGGACAUAUUGGAGGCUGUUUCCAACGGCCGAGCUGCAAAAUUCUGGGAGUGGUGUGAAAGGCAUGGACAGAGCAUUCCUAGCUGA